UAGAAGCUUCGGGGUUAAACCCAUACCGGCUGUAUAAAGCACCUCCGAGAGAAGCCUUCAGCAGCGUCUAAACUUGCAUAGAGUUUCUGUUUGUUCACUGACUGCAUUCAUUUUAAGAAUUUUCGAGCGUGUCUGAACACAUUUUCUUUGAUACACAGUUUGCUCGGUUACGACUUUUUCACGAAAUUUACCACUGACAUAAAAAUAAGCAAAUUGCAUUGACAAAUGGCUACACACGCUUUCUUCAAGAUCAGCAUUGACGGAAAGGCUCAAGCUCCCGUUUACUUUGAAUUGUUUGACAAAUCCGUUCCAAAGACCACAAAGAACUUUGCUUCUCUGUGUCAAGGAUUCGAAAAGGAUGGCCGUUUGUUGACCUACAAAGGCUCCCGCUUCCACCGUGUCAUCAAGGGUUUCAUGAUUCAAGGCGGUGACUUCACCAAGGGUAACGGAACUGGAGGUGAAAGUAUCUACGGUGAGAAGUUUGAGGAUGAAAAUUUUGAGCAUAAGCACGAUGCACCUUUCUUGCUUUCGAUGGCCAAUGCUGGACCCAACACGAACGGCUCGCAAUUCUUCAUUACUACGGUGCCAACUCCCCACUUGAACGACAAGCAUGUCGUCUUUGGUAAGGUUGUGUCCGGCAAGUCGACCGUCCGUGCUAUUGAAAACCUGAAGACACAGUCCAACGACGACCCUGAGGUGCCUGUUGUUAUUGAAGACUGUGGUGUCUGCACUGCUGCUGACAUUCCUCCUCCUCAACCUGACGCUACUGGUGACAAGUUUGAGGACUUCCCCGACGACUUUGAGGGUGAGCUUGUCCCUAGAAAAGCCUACGAAAUUGGUUCCGAGUUGAAGGCUAUUGGCAACAAGCAAUUCGCUGCCAAGAACAACGAGGUUGCCGUCACCAAAUGGCGUAAGGCCCUGCGCUACCUUGGUGUCCAUCCUUUCCAUGAUGAGGAUGCGGAGAAGGAUCUCGAGUUUUGGAAACAGUACGAUGUUCUCCGUAACAGUGUGCACCUUAACAUCGCUCUUGUCGCCCUUCGUGAGAAGCGUUACCAAGAGGUGCUUAAAGAGACUUCGGUUGUCCUUGAUAACAAGGAGUCUCUUACGCAAGCCGAGAAGGAGAAGGCGAACUAUCGUCGCGGUGUUGCCCUUGCUGCUCUGAAGAAUUUCGAGGAAGCUGAAGCUACUCUUGCUCAGGCUGGUUCCGAUCCUGCUGUCAAAAAGGAGCUUGCGGCCGUUCGUCAAAAGAAGAAGGAGUACAUUGCUCGUCAACGCAAGGCCUUCUCAAAAAUGUUUGCUUAGGAUGCUUGUGUGCAGCUGGACUCACCCGGGCCGCUUUAAUGUUUUACUCUAAUAAUGAACUUUAGGAUUGUAAGGAGAAUAGUAAUGUGAUGAGAAGAGAAGAGAAGAGAAGAGAAGAGAGGAAGAGCUGAACGGUGUCUUG